CCUUAAACUCGAUUACAUUGUCAUGUCAUUUGGUCUCAAUCGUCAUGUCAAUUUCAGGCGCACCUCCGGCAAAACUUUAACCAUUCGUCGAUAAAGACUGUCGAUUCCAGUAAGCUUUACCUGCGCAAUAAUUCUGGGGUUUAUAUUUUUUCUAUUUCUUUUUUAUAGUAGAGAUAUCAAUUUAGGUUAACAACAUAUGGUAUGUUGUGCACCUGUUAUGUUGAUUUGCAAUCUGUAGUCAAAAGGAUCAUCAAUUAAAAGUCAGUUGUAUCUAGGAAUUAUAAUCGCCAUUCAUGGAGAUGCUUAUAAUUAGGGCACAACUCAAAGACUACUCUUCAUAAGUUCAUUUGCCGUAGAUUGAAGGUUAGUUGAUUUUAAAGAAGAUUAAACUUGAUAUUUCACCUUGUAGGCUGUGAUUAUGAAACCAAAGAAGCUACCAAUGAGUAAAUACAGAGGCCACAAGCAACAUGAAAUUGAACAUUCAUGUGAUAUGGUCGAUCGUAUCAGCAAUCUACCGGAUUGUAUUCUUCACCAGAUUCUGUCAUUUAUGCCUACAAAAGAAGUUGUAAAGACGUCCGUAUUAUCUACAAGAUGGAAGAACCUCUGGGCUUAUGUUCCCAACAUUGAGAUUGAUGAUGCAGUGUUGUAUCCUAGAGAGAUUGAUGACAAGCAUCCAUCUAAGGUCACCUCCUUCAUGAACUUUGUAGAAAGGGUCCUCCGGAUGCGGGAUGCAUCAAAUUUAGAGAAGUUCAGUCUAAGAUGUCGUAUUUCCUCUGAUGCAUCCCAAAUAAAAUUAUGGAUUUCUGAUGCAAUCUCGCACAAUGUUCGGGAGCUUGAUCUCUGUAUAGUGGAUAUGAUUUUACCUGUGAUUCCUAGGUCUAUGUUUCAUAGCAUGUCAUUGACUAUCCUGAAAUUAGAAAUAGAAUGGAUUGAAGUCCCAUCUGACGUUUCUUUUUCGUGCCUGAAAAACGUGCACCUAGAUUAUGUUGGGUUCCUAAAUGAUGGUGAUGCAGAACGACUUUUCUCAGGUUGUCCGGUUCUAGAAAAAUUGGUUUUAGCAUAUUGCCAAUGGAUUCACUUGGAUAACAUUUUGAUUUCCAGUCCCACCUUAAAAAGCUUGACCAUAUUCGAUGACUCGGACUUUGAGCCAGAAGAUGAUGAUAUUGGUUGUAAGAUCAAGAUUAUUGCAGCAAAUCUUACAUCUUUUGAAUAUAUCGGACAUCUAUCAAACGAAAUUCUCUUGAGUGAUAUACCUUCUCUUGUCAGAGCAUACAUUCACAUUUCUCUCCCUGAGGAGAGGCAGAAUGAAGUCACAUGUCGAGCUGUUGAUCUACUCAAACAACUACGAAAUGUUAUGGCUUUGGGGUUAUCUAAUGUCACUAUGGAGUCUCUCAUAUUUACAGACAUGCCACUCCAUUUACCGGUUUUCCCAAAUUUGAUCAAUUUAACGUUGACUAAGGAAAUCGAGAAUUAUACUUUUGGAGCAGUGAUGAAUUUGCUUUACUUCUGUCCAAAUCUACAAUUUUUUGGUCUCUCUGAGGGUUUCGAGCACUCUAUGGACCUUGGUGAGGAAGAUAGAAUCUGGUUAUUAGUACCUAUAUGCAUGUCAAAUUGCCUCAAGAUUGUGACUUUCAAGAACUUUCAUGCUACUGAUUCAGAAAUAUGUUUUCUCAAACGUGUUUUGAAGUAUGCAACUGUUUUGGAGAGGAUGAAUAUCUGUUGGUCUAAGACUCAGGUGGGAGAUCGAAAGAAGGAAACAGAUGUCAUAAAGGAAUUUGAUAAGAUCGAAAGUAGCUCUGCAGCCUUUGUUGUCAGGUUCACAUGAAAUAUCAACAACUUUUAUGUACUUUUAUUUCUUUUUUAGUAUUUCCCAAUAAACUGGGAUUUGAUGUGCGUUGCUCCUUUGGAUUUUCAUAUGCAUUAGGAUUUCACAAAUCAUUGAUUUGAAGGUUUGGGUAAACAUUUCAUUUCAUUAUUUGUUUGCUGGUUUGAAUUUCAUGUCUAUAUUAUCGUAUUGCCA